CCGGCCGAGACUGGUCCCUGGGAGGUGCUGGCCGCAGGGGGCGGGGGGAGAGCCGGGAGACGCUGUCCUGAAAACGCUGGUGGUCCAGCAAGGCCUUUUCCCGGGCCAGGAGGCGCCGCCUUGUCAGGGCGCCUGGCUCCAGCUGCCUUCCUUCCUUCCCUUGGAGCGAAGAGCUCGAGGCCCGGGAGGGGGUGCGAGUGGUGAGCGUGGCAGCUGCGCUGGCUCCCGCCGUUAAGGCCUGGGGGACAAGUUGCUGCCUGUCGGCAUUCAGUCCUUUCCAAAACACUGGUGCUUCCUUUAUGCUGGGCCAGAGGCAAUCUGAGGUGACCCAAGAAAGGUACCCCUCGUGAGCUCCUCUGUGGUGCGGGAAGACAAGCAAAGUCUGGCAUUUACAGCGUAGUGUGGCGACUCCGUGAUGGAGAGUUUCCUAAACAAGCAAAAUCUGGCAUUUACAGCGUAGUGUGGCGACUCUGUGAUGGAGAUUUACCUAAAAGCCAGGGGUGCGCGGAAGAAGCAGGCACGGCGGGUGGUGAUCCAGAAGGCUAGAAGUAUGCCAGAUGGGGGGGUUGAGGUUCUCCAGGAAGAGGUAACUGUGCAAAACAGAGGCAGGAAAAGGUAUGGUAUAUUUAGGGAAAAGGAGUUCUGGCUGCCCCGUGAGUGUGUGUGUGGGCGCGCACACGCGCUGAAGGAAGAGGAAAGUGUGGAUGGAGAGGUAAACGGGGGCCAGAUCAUGAAGGACCCUGUGUGUCUUAAAGUUCUUUGGAUUUUAUCCUGUAGGCAGUGGAGAGUAUGGAAGGAUAUUAAGCAGGCUAGGGCCUUCAGAUUUUUUUUUUUUUAAUAAGUCUGUUAGAAGUGCAGAAGAUGAAGGGAGAAAUUGAGAUCAGAUUUUUUUUUCUCUAGCCUCCCUACUUCAUUCAGUUUGAUCCUGUGGAAUCAGGACCUUGAGUAUCUCCUAGGAUAGCAAGUGGAACAGUAAUUAUAAAAAGUGAUUGAACUCUGGUGGGGAACACGGUAAUGAGGAGGUUAUGCAUGUGUGAGUGCAGGUGGUAUAUGGGAAGUCGUUGUACCUUCCACUCACUCAGUUUGCUGUGAACCCAAAACUGCUCUAAAAAAAUAAAUUCUAUUAAAAAAAACAACUGGAAAUGACUUGAAAGGUAACUAGGAAUAGCAAAAGAAUAUUGGCUUUGGAAAUCAUACUGUCACAUUUCAAUUCCUUUGCAGUCUCUUACUAUAGUAAUUGUGAUUUUAGACCAAAAUGUUAACCUCUUUAUGCCUGUUUUCACAUUCGUAGAGACAGUACAUUCAUCGUAGAAAGUUGUUUGGGGAUUAACAAUAACACGGUCAAGUGCCUAGCACUACUAUGCACUCAAUAAUCGGUGACUAAUAUUUUUCCUUUACACAAUGUGGGCUUCUCCAUUGGACUCCAGAGAAGAAGGAGAGGGGGCCAACCCCUGAAGAGGCAAUACAGAAACUGAAGGAGACGGAGAAGAUAUUGAUCAAGAAACAGGAAUUUCUGGAGCAGAAGAUUGAACAGGAGCUACAAACUGCCAAGAAGCAUGGGACGAAGAAUAAGAGAGGGUGUGGGCUGGAUCAGCCGCCCUACAGGCUUUGCGGAGGAAGAAAAGGUUGGAACAGCAGCUGGCACAAACGGACGGGACAUUAUCCACCCUGGAGUUUCAGCGUGAGGCCAUUGAGAAUGCCACCACCAAUGCAGAAGUGCUUCGUACCAUGGACCUUGCUGCCCAAGGCAUGAAGAAGGCCUACCAGGACAUGUGGGGACAUUGACAAGGUGGAUGAACUGAUGGCUGACAUCACAGAACAACAGGAGGUGGCCCAGCAGAUCUCAGAUGCCAUUUCUCGACCCGUGGGAUUUGGAGAUGAUGUGGAUGAGGAUGAACUGUUGGAGGAGCUAGAGGAGCUGGAGCAGGAGGAAUUGGCCCGAGAGUUGUUACAUGUGGGCGACAAGGAGGAGGAACCCCCAGUCACACUGCCCAGUGUACCGUCUACACAUCUUCCUGCAGGGCCAGGUUCCGCUGCCUUAAGGAUGACAGUCCUAGGCCGCCCUGGAAGUUGGAGCUGCCGGUGGUUGCCACUCCUGCUGCUGCUGUUGCUGGGCACAGGUCGAGAUCCAGGGGUGGAAGGUGUGACACACUACAAGGCCGGCGACCCCGUCAUUCUGUAUGUCAACAAAGUGGGACCUUACCAUAACCCUCAGGAGACUUACCACUACUAUCAGCUUCCAGUCUGCUGUCCUGAGAAGAUACGCCACAAAAGCCUUAGCCUGGGUGAAGUGCUGGAUGGGGACCGGAUGGCUGAGUCUUUGUACGAGAUCCGCUUUCGGGAGAAUGUGGAGAAGAGAAUUCUGUGCCACAUGCAGCUCAGUUCCGCACAGGUGGAACAGCUGCGCCAGGCCAUUGAGGAACUAUACUACUUUGAGUUUGUGGUGGACGACUUGCCAAUCCGUGGCUUUGUGGGCUACAUGGAGGAGAGUGGCUUCCUGCCUCACAGCCACAAGAUAGGACUCUGGACCCAUUUGGACUUCCACCUAGAAUUCCACGGAGAUCGAAUUAUAUUUGCCAAUGUCUCAGUGCGGGACGUCAAGCCCCACAGUUUAGAUGGGUUACGACCGGAUGAGUUCCUAGGCCUCACCCACACCUACAGUGUGCACUGGUCUGAGACUUCAGUCGAGCGUCGGAGUGACAGGCGCCGUGGUGAUGAUGGUGGUUUCUUUCCCCGAACACUGGAAAUCCAUUGGUUGUCCAUCAUUAAUUCCAUGGUGCUUGUGUUUUUACUGGUGGGUUUUGUGGCUGUCAUUCUCAUGCGUGUGCUUCGAAAUGACCUGGCUCGGUACAACUUGGAUGAAGAGACAACCUCUGGAGGUUCUGGUGAUGACUUUGACCAAGGUGACAAUGGCUGGAAAAUUAUCCAUACAGAUGUCUUCCGCUUCCCUCCAUACCGUGGUCUGCUCUGUGCUGUGCUUGGUGUGGGUGCCCAGUUCCUGGCCCUUGGCACUGGCAUUAUUGUCAUGGCGCUGCUGGGCAUGUUCAACGUGCACCGUCACGGGGCUAUUAACUCAGCAGCCAUCUUGUUGUAUGCCCUGACUUGCUGCAUCUCUGGCUAUGUGUCCAGCCACUUCUACCGGCAGAUUGGAGGCGAGCGUUGGGUGUGGAACAUCAUUCUCACCACCAGUCUCUUCUCUGUGCCUUUCUUCCUGACGUGGAGUGUGGUGAACUCCGUGCAUUGGGCCAAUGGUUCAACACAGGCUCUGCCAGCCACCACCAUCCUGCUGCUUCUGACGGUUUGGCUGCUGGUGGGCUUUCCCCUCACUGUCAUUGGAGGUAUCUUCGGGAAGAACAACGCUAGCCCCUUUGAUGCACCUUGUCGCACCAAGAACAUAGCUCGGGAAAUCCCACCCCAGCCCUGGUACAAGUCUUCUCUCGUCCACAUGACUGUUGGAGGCUUCCUGCCUUUCAGUGCCAUCUCUGUGGAGCUGUACUACAUCUUUGCCACAGUCUGGGGUCGGGAGCAGUACACUUUGUACGGCAUCCUCUUCUUCGUCUUCGCCAUCCUGCUGAGCGUGGGGGCUUGCAUCUCCAUCGCACUCACCUACUUCCAGUUGUCUGGGGAGGAUUACCGCUGGUGGUGGCGAUCUGUGCUGAGUGUUGGCUCCACUGGCCUCUUCAUCUUCUUCUACUCAGUUUUCUACUAUGCCCGGCGCUCCAACAUGUCGGGGGUGGUACAGACAGUAGAGUUCUUUGGCUACUCCUUACUCACUGGAUAUGUCUUCUUCCUCAUGCUGGGCACCAUCUCCUUUUUUUCUUCCCUAAAGUUCAUCCGUUAUAUCUAUGUUAACCUCAAGAUGGACUGAGUUUUGGGUGGCAAAACUAUCACUCUUCUUUCCCUUUCUUCAUGCCCUACUGAUCUCUUACCAACAUCUCUUCUGAUUGAGUGACUGAGUUGUGUGAUGGUUUUGUUGCCUUCCCCUUUGCCCUUUGGGCCUCCCUUCUCCAGAGAGGUCCCGGAAAUUAUAAGCCUCUAUUAUAUAAGGAGUAUAUAUUUGAACUUUUUAAGUUGCCUUUUUUUGGUCCUGAUUUUUCUUUUUACAAUACCAAAAUAAAAUUUAUUAAGAAAAAGG